UUGUUAUUUUUGCCGGCUCUGCCCCUUCGCUCCGUGCCCGCGGGGAGCGGCAUGCCCGCCCGCUAGGCUCCCGGCGGCACCGAGCAGGCGGCGGCGGAGGAGGAGCGGGGCCGGCAGCCGCCCGCCCCGUCGCAGCGCCCCGCCGCCGCCGCCGCAGCCGCCCCCGAGGGAGGCCAAGAUGGCAGAGGCGUCGCCCCCCGGGCCGCUCUCGCCCCUGGACGUGGAGCUGGACCCCGAGUUCGAACCGCAGAGCCGCCCCCGCUCUUGCACCUGGCCGCUGCAGAGGCCCGAGCUGCAGGCCAGCCCCGCCAAGCCCGCCGGCGAGCCGCCCGCCGACGCCGCCUCCAUGAUCCCCGAGGAGGAGGACGACGACGAGGAGGGGGGCGGCGCGGCCAUGGCCGUCGGCGGCACGGCCCCCGCGGGCGGCGAAGCGGCGGCCGCCGGCGGCCCCGAGGAGGCGGCGCGGCCGCCUGCCCCGCUGCCCGGCGGCGGCCCGGAGGGGCCCGGGCCGGCGCCGGGAGGAGCGGCGGCGGCGGGCGGCGGGGGGCUGAGCGGCGGCGGCCCCGCAGCGGCGGCGCCGAGGAAGUGCUCGUCGCGGCGCAACGCGUGGGGCAACCUCUCGUACGCCGACCUCAUCACCCGCGCCAUCGAGAGCUCCCCCGAGAAGCGGCUCACCCUCUCGCAGAUCUACGACUGGAUGGUGCGCUGCGUGCCCUACUUCAAGGACAAGGGCGACAACAACAGCUCGGCAGGAUGGAAGAAUUCAAUCCGGCACAACUUGUCGCUCCACAGCCGAUUCAUCAGGGUGCAGAAUGAAGGCACUGGGAAGAGCUCCUGGUGGAUGAUCAAUCCGGAUGGUGGAAAAGUUGGCAAGGCGCCCCGGAGACGUGCUGUGUCCAUGGACAACAGCAACAAGUACACAAAGAGCAGAGGGCGGGCGGCGAAGAAAAAGGCAGCCCUGCAGACUGCUCAGGAGGCGAGUGAGGACAGCCCUUCGCAGCUCUCCAAGUGGCCGGGGAGCCCGACUUCCCGCAGCAGUGACGAGCUGGAUGCCUGGACUGAUUUUCGCUCCCGGACAAAUUCAAACGCCAGUACAAUAAGUGGCCGCUUGUCACCGAUUUUGGCGAGCACCGAGCUGGAUGAUGUUCAAGAUGAUGAUGCUCCACUUUCUCCCAUGCUGUACAGUAGUCCUUCAAGCUUGUCCCCCUCCGUAAACAAACCAUGCACUGUGGAGUUGCCUAGGUUGACUGAUAUGGCUGGGACAAUGAAUUUGAAUGAUGGACUGACAGAUAACCUCAUGGAUGACCUCUUGGACAAUAUAACACUCCCUUCCUCCCAGCAGUCGCCCACGGGAGGGAUAAUGCAGAGAAGCUCCAGUUUUCCGUAUGGUUCCAAAGGUUCAGGGCUGGGCUCCCCCUCGAGUAGUUUCAACAACGCCGUGUUUGGGCCGUCGUCCCUGAAUUCCCUCCGUCAGUCGCCCAUGCAGACUAUUCAGGAGAACAAGCAGGCUACCUUCUCUUCCAUUUCUCAUUACAACAACCAGACGCUGCAGGAUCUGCUCGCCUCAGAUGCACUUAGUCACAGCGAUGUCAUGAUGACACAGUCUGACCCGCUCAUGUCCCAGGCCAGCACAGCUGUGUCCGCCCAGAACUCCCGCAGGAAUAUAAUGCUCCGCAAUGACCCCAUGAUGUCGUUUGCUGCGCAGUCCAGUCAGGGCGGUCUGGUCAAUCAGAGCCUGCCCCAUCACCAGCACCAGUCUCACAACUCUCCUCUUAGCGGCAGCCGUGCCUUGUCCAAUUCCAUCAGUAACAUAGGCUUGAAUGACUCCAACAGCUUGGGAUCCAAACAUCAGCAGUCACCUGUCAAUCAGUCUAUGCAAACACUUUCUGACCCUCUCUCAGGCUCCUCUUUGUAUUCCUCUAGCAUGAACCUUCCGGUCAUGGGACACGAGAAAUUCCCAAGUGACUUAGACCUGGAUAUUUUCAAUGGGAGCUUGGAGUGUGACAUGGAGUCCAUCAUCCGCAGUGAACUCAUGGAUGCAGAUGGGCUGGAUUUUAACUUUGAUUCCCUCAUCUCAGCACAGAACGUUGUCAGUCUGAAUGUGGGGAACUUCACUGGUGCUAAACAGGCUUCAUCACAGAGUUGGGUACCAGGCUGAAGGAUCUUUGAGGACAGGGAAAAUGGGCAAACAGGCCCUCAAACUGACACGAGAUGUAGAGAGAGAACCCUUUGCCAAAUCUGCUGUCAGCAAGUGGACAGUGAUACUGUUUACAGCUUAUGACGUUUGUGAACCCUGCAUUAUUUUCCUAACAAAGCAGACUGUUAAAAGGCCCCUUAUCUGAGUGAAGAUCCUCCUUUUUUUUUUUUUUCUUCCUUCUUUUUCUUUGGAAUUGAACUCAUUUUGAAGUAUGCAAAAUCUUCCUUUUCUGGGAUGGCCAAGCACCUGCUGUGGAGACAAUGUUCAGCACCAUCCUGUUGAGAACACACUGUGUAGCCUUUACAGUAGUUACUUGUCAAUGAGUAUGUGGUGUUUCAAUAUAUUAAUGGUUUAUGGGAUGUUUUAAGUUGGCUUUUCUUUUUGGAGGUUUUCCCUGUCUGCCCACCCUCCUCCCCGCAACCUCCAGUUUGAUUUCUGUAGAUUUUUGACCAUUUCUGCUUUCUCUCAGUGGGGAAUCUGAAACACUGCAUAUGUGCAAGGAAAUGAUCAUAACCCAACGUUGCUCAGAUGUCAGGGCUCUCCAGAUAGACACCAUUCAUGAUACCAACCAACCUACCAAAUUCCAGAGAGGUGAUUUGCUUGUUGGGUUGGUUCGUUUGUUUCUUUCUCAUUCUUUCCUUAAACUUAAUGGUACGGCCCCGUUUUCUGUAAGCAUCAAGCCAGAGUUGAUUGCAAAGCCAGGGAAACCAGCGAGGCAGACCUCCCGGCUGGUGCUGGUGAGGAUGGACUGACCACAGGUGUUGCUGCCUUUGCUGCCAUGGGAUCCUGCUUGCUGCCCACUGGAGCGGCCUCACCUCCUGCCUUAUCUUAGCAGGGCUGCCGCAGGUAGCGUGGUGAGAACCUUUAGGCUGAGCUGCCCCUCUGCUGCCACACAUGUUGAGCGUAUAACCACCUGUAAAGAGCUGUCUGGGAAGCAAAAAUCAAGAGAAACACUUUCCUUUGCAGGAAAGAUGAGUGAACAGGCUGUAUGCGUCAGCAAGUCGAUCACAGUGGCAGCACUGGGUGUCCAGGCACAGAUCAUUGCAGUGUGUGUUAUUGCAUCAGUGAUCCUUUUUUUUUUUUUUUCCUUUCCUUUUCUUUUUUUUUUUUUUUUUGACAUAUCCUUGAUGACUUUUUCUUUUUCAUUGUAUAUAAUCCAUUGCAGAAGAAGCAGCAAGAGAGAGAAUGGUAAGGUAUCAUGCAAAUGGCUUUUCAUAUGAGCAUAGAUUGUAACAGGAUUAAUGACACUGAAAGACAAGGCAGUUUUAUAUAUUUUGCUUCUUAAGAUUUUCUUUUGUAAAAUGAAUAAUAAUAAUAAUGAAUAAAAGGUAUGGUGCUGUAUA